AUGAAGUAUCUUGUUUGGAUAGAAGUCAGGAAGCUUAAAACUCAUCCAUUUUUGCUCGUACCCGGUUGGACUGGAUUCAAUAUUAUCGUGCGAAAUGGUAUUGUUGUGGAGAGUGUCAUUUCAUACCUGGAUACUAUUGAUUCGCCUGCAACGGAUUUGAAAACGGCAUACGAGGUGUUAUGCAGAGGCUGUGAAAUAAGGGAAAGGUUAAACCUGUGUGCAGUUGCGUGCGUUUUUGACCAAGCUUUUUAUGCUAAAGCAAUGGAAAUUUACUGGAAACACAAAGACAUGUUCAAAAAUUUGAUCAUAAUGCUUGGUGGAUUUCAUCUUCUCAUGAUGUUGUUUGGUGUGAUUGGAGCUAGAUUUGGUGAUGCCGGUUUGUGCGAGGUUGCAAUUCAGAGUGACUUGUUUGCAGGACGGUCAAUUGAUAGUGUACUCAACAAAAAAAAUUAUAACAGGGCUGUACGUCUACACAAGAUUGUUUAUGAACUGCUGAUGAAGUUACUUGUAAAUAAGCUUGAAGGAUCAUUGUCAAGUGAAGAAGAUAAAAUCAUUUUGGAAAACCACUUGACUGCCAUGGAAAACUUUAAACUUAAAAUGAGUCAAGAGAAUUUUGAGAAUGUUCUUAAAAGUGAUGAAUCUUCGAGAAUUAUAUCAAAGAUUUAAAGGAUAAUGGCAGCGACCUGGUAAAGUUUUGGCUAUCCUACCUCCACCUCUGUGAGCUUGCGCUCAAUCUGAUUUUUGCUACACAUACCGGUGAUUGGGAGUUAUAUUUGGCAUGUAUUGAAGAAGUCAUAGCCUGGGCGUUUGCCUACGAUAGGCUAAAUUAUGCAAGGUAUCUGAUUCCAUUUUUGAACGACAUGCGAGAAUUACAAUCCUCCAAACCCAAAGUUUACAGUGCAUUCUUGAGUGGCUAAUUUUCUGUACAGAUGAGUCAUACGAACGGAUUUGGGGGUAAUGAAGCUGAUAAAACAAUCGAAAACACAAUAAAUCGUGAUUGCAAGACAAGUGGCGGAUAUAUUGGUUUUAGCGUGAAGUUUACAGAAAGCUUUUACGAGAACAUCUUUCAUUCAAACCUGAAAGUUACAGUCACAAAGAACUUUCCAAAUCCCGGAUGAAGAAAGACACCGAAGACGUGGAGAAAGUUAUAGAUGUAUUGAGUAACAUCUUAACAAUUCCUUGGUGUGGUGAAGAGUUAAUAAGCUUGUCGAGUGGAAUUGAAGCAACGGACGCUGUGCGACAAGAUCUUUUGGAAGCAAGGAACAUUGCACUAAAAGCAUGCGAACAUUUCGUUAGUAACCGUUGCUCUUCUACUCCAACUCUGGAUUUCUUUGAUCCCUUAAAGAAAGCAAAUCUCAAAACAUUCAAGAAUUUGAAGAAAUCUCUUUGCCAGAAUGGCACUCCUCGGACAAUUCAGGAAAAUUGAUUUGAAACUCGUUUUUACGUUUCCUCUCGGUCCACUUCCUUGGUCAUCAGAUGCAUAUGGAUUUCCAAGAAAAACAAACAAAUCGACACUUCUUCAUAGACUGGAGAAAGAUGUACCUAUCGCUGAGGUAUAUCCACACCAUGUAAACACAAUUUUUGAUGGCAUGGCUGUGCUUCAAAAGUUUAGACCUCCUGUUGGAGCGACCUUCCAAGUCUUAGCUGAGUUUAAACAAAUACUUCCGUUCAAUUUGAGAAGGAUAAAUUGCAAUGACAGAAUCAGUAUCUUCAACAUGCACAAGAAAUGUACUGCUGACAUUAAAAUCUGCAUCCUUGAAUAGUAUCCUCUCACUCACUUUCAUAGGUUUCACAAUAACUACACUAUGCAUUAAGCAUUGACAAUACUGUGAGAUAUCCAGAGUACAAUUACAAGCUAGCUUGAUAUUUAAGAGACCUAAAAUCAUUCCAUAUUUAAAAACUGGGUGAUUAACAGACACACAGUGAUUUGUGUGCCGUUUGGAUCUGGUGUAGCUUACACUAGAAUAUAACUGGUGGUUGUAAAUAAACCUUUCAUGAAUAAUCCCAACUUGAUUACUCACAGUUAUAUCUAAGAGGCGUUCGAGGGCAAUUAUCCUACGUACAUCUAAGGUAAUAGAUUUUUUAGAACCUAAUGGAGUUAAACCAUCAUGAUCAUUCUGAUGCUUAAACCUAAUGUCAUCAGUCAGCUUAGAAAGUACUUCCUUCACAGAGGCACAAGAAUCACCAUCAACACAACUCCUAGUCAAGGAUGCAACCUUGGCUUUCAGCAAAAAUGUAUCUGUUAUUUGCUGUGGAACACAUUGUGUCCCAUUAAACAUAUUUAUAAGCACAUGAUUGUGAGAUUCAAAGGUGAAUGCAGAAGUAGCCCACAGUGGACCGCAGUCCUUGACACAAUGUGCCAGGUGAGUCAAACAGUGAACAUUAUAUUUGCAAUUUGACAGACCAUACAACUCCUCCAUUUGAAUUACAAACUUUGUUAGGCAAACCUCAGAAAGAUUGAUUUCACUACUAGAGAUUGAGUCACCUAAAAGUGUAUAAAUCCCAUAGACAAAGAGAAAGAAGUGACGUAGAUAACGGCGAGGAAGAAUUCCCUGAAGGACGAUCAGGCUAUAAAAGAUGAAAGCUCUCCAUUCAGAUGCUUUCCAAUAGCACCUCUCAGAAAGACUACGGGGACUUCUAUGUAUCUCACUUGGAGGGCUAAUUUGCUGAAGGCGCUCAUCAAUUAACUUCACCUUACUGCCAAUGUAGAAGUCUUCCCCAUGGUGCUUUGUAUCUACCCAUAGACCCAUCAUUUGUUUCAUGACCCCUUGACGAACAGAAUGCAUAUAAUCUGUAACUGUGCCUCUGACAGGAUCAAAAGAAGGUAAUAAAUCAGCUACUGUCAUUCCCUUUACUCCUUUAAUAGGAUUGGCCUGUGUGGCAAGUAAUGCAUAUUCUGCUUGCUUUCUAGCGGAGCGCAUGAUAACAGGUGUUCUGUGGGGGUAAUAACGAGUAGGUGGAUCAUUGUUAUUUGCCACAGCUACUCCUGGAAACUCACACCAAUCACACCCAUGCUCACCGUUAAAUUGCUUAACAUUUCGAACUAUAGCCCUAGCCAGUGCAUCAGCAGAUAAAAGUGGAGAAAAUACUCUUCUUGGUCUUACCUCCCUGCCAAAAACAAAGCCAUCUCUUUCUAACCUGCUACACUUAUCAACAAAUGGUUUCAAGAAGACAUUCAUACUUGGUUUCUUGCCAAACCAUAGGCCAAGUAACAAGAUAUUCUUGGCACGUAGAUGUGGGGGGAGCUCAUUCACAAAAGCUUGUAAUGGCCAUAUGGAAAAGUUUGAAGAGUUAAAUACAGGAAUACCAUCUGUAUUCCAUGUCAAUGAGAUGUCAUUUGAAUUGAGACCCUGUUUAGUUAUGAGUUGUUUGUAUAAAGCAGAUGUUGUCACGUCAGUUACAGUUCUUGAAUGAAUGCUAACUUCUAAAUUUCUAUUGGUUAAAUGUGGAUAUAGUUUGGCAUUUGAGAGUAAUGUUCUAAUCUGUUGCUGGAGAGGAAUGUAAAUAAAAUAAUGUCCAUUCUUCAAACUAUCACCUUCAUUGAAUGGGCUGUCACAAGACUUGCAGGUUGCCAUUGCAGUAUCCUUACCCAAGUAAGAAGUACAUGUUGAGCAGUAGAAGUGCUUCUAGAAUUGUAAAGAAUUAAACAAUGUUAAGUCAAUUGUCUGAAUGAAUGACAAAAAUAAUGGCAGUUAUACCAGGUCUCUACAGUGUACAAAUACAUGACAUGUACAAUACAGCAUGUGCAAGCUGUAUCUAGGAUUGUCUUUCAAUUAUUUUGGACAGCCACUUUAAAAUGUAUUAAGUUCAGUAUUGGUAGUGUAGAGAAGGGUAGUAACUAAAGAUAAGGCCACUUAAAAAAAAAAUAGUGGUCAUCCUUUGUGGUCACGCAUAUGUAAAAGGCAGACAAAAGGCAGAAUCAGUAGGAGCAGAAUUCUAUAUGUAAAUUAUCAAAGGCAAAUUACUGUAUGUCACAGAAAUACAGUAAGUUAUUGUAAUUAAAGUGCCUUGUCUUAAAGGACGUUACGAAGCAAAGACGUAUUUCAUUAAAAAAGACCAUGGCCAACUCUCAUAAUGUAGCUACAAAAUGCCAUUUCAGACCCCCGGACUUUUACAAAGGUGUCAUCCACAUCCCCAAUCUCACUCUUAACCUCUCUGCAUAGUAUCUCAGUAUCUAACAGAUUGGUGGUUUUCAAUUGUUUUCAGUUGCAAAGGCAUGGAAAUUAUUUUUUAAUGUCGACAAAGAUAUUAAAAAAAACAACUGAGCGGGGCCUUUUAUGGUAGGCGGGCGGGGAUGAUCACCAAGUUUUUUUUUAAGUGGCCUAAUGAGCUUAGCUGACAGGUCUUGAGGCACCAUCCAGUAUUAAUUUAACUUUUCAGUGAAACUUAAGUUAUCUGUGUGCCACCACGUUUAUCCAAAAUGCAUGUACAAACCUCUGACUGCUCUAGCUUGAACAAUUUGUAAAACAGGUGCUUGGUAGCUGGAACGAUGUUUGGAAAAAAAGUGUUUAAUAACAACAGCAAAUCUCCUAAAGCCACAUCUGUAAGUUUGUGUCUCAGCACAAAGCACAUUAUUAGAAGAAGGCUCUCAGUUUUUGUGACAUCUGCACCAGGGUAUAUCGGAUUAUUGUCAUUUGCAUAGUUCUAAAACAAUGAAAGGUUAAUAUGUUAACAAGAAAUAUAUACAGAUAGAAUAUUACAAUUUACAACUUAAACCCUACAAAAUUGCCAGGCAUGCUCCCUGGUUUACGUCUUAUUUUCUGAACUUUUAAAAAAUAAUUUUUUUCUUCUGUGUUCUAUUCUGUAUACAGACCAAGGUUAUUAUCAUUGACCAUCAUCAUGUCAUAUAUCUAUUUUAAUAUCAUUAUGCUAACAUUAACGCAUUCACAGUAUAGAACUGUUUUGCAUACAAACAACUUGAUGAAUGAUGAUUUAUUUAGCAGGUAUUACAGUGAGGUUGUCACACUCCAAAAUUUCAUUAUUGUAUACUUUGAUGAUGGAUGGCGAUGAUUGUACACAUGCAUAAAAUACAAUACAGUAUAACAUGAAUGCUAUGGUUGGACUGCAUGACACACAAUAUAAAGUGAUGUAAAUUACCUGUUCAUUGUGGUCAUUGAUAUUACUUGUGUCACAUUCACUUGUUUCUCCAUCAUCAGUUGAAUCUCCAACCUAUAUAUCCCAACAGAAAACACAAUAUUAUAUUAUUAUAGGAUGACAGUUACAUAAACCUAAUAUCUACAUCAAACUAGUGCUGUGCAAACUCCGGUUUUUCAUCUCCGGCUCCGGCCAAAUUAUAGCUCCUGAGCUCCGGCUCCAGCCACAUCAUAAAAUAUUAAAUAAAUGUUUUACGAUCUGAGAACAUUUAUUAAUAUUAUUAUGAAUAACCCUUUUCGCACUUCCUAAUUAUCAGAUAACAUAACUCAGGAAACAAAACAGUGAAAACACUUAACCACGUAGAAAAUACCUAUAUGGAAACCAGCCUGAAAAAAUCUUUGAUAGCGUUGCAAUUUUUAUAUAGCAUGACACUAACACUCUCAGACUCCACAGCGCAAUUGUUCGCACGCAAACAAAGUACUCUGUCAUUUUCAAAAGGUUGAUAUUUAUUUGUUUUGUACUUUUUCGUUAUCUACAAGGCAUGAAUACACAUGUAGCGACUAUGUAUAGCGCUAAGACUAUGUGACUAUGUAGUGCUAAGGGUCCAUUCACAAAGGAUGUCCGAGCCAGGACAAACUCGGACAUAUUUUAGCAAUCCGGAUAUCCGAAAUUUAAAAAAAUUCAAAAACAAAUUUCUUUUCCCCUCUAUUUUAAGCAGUCCUUCCCAUUGUGAAAUUGGCCUUUUGACUAUGCGGUUAACACUAGAUUUUGUUUUAAUUAGUAAUUUAUAUGUUUUUGUGUUCACAUUUACAGUUAUAAAAAAGUUCUAAAAGUAAAAAAAGUUUUUUACUCUUGAUAUAUACAAGGUUGCAUGAGUUUUUGCGAGGCAUGGCGGAUGUCCGGGGGGAGGAGGUCACUAAUUCGGACAAUGCCGGACAAGGGGGGGGAGGGGGGUCUGAAAAUCCAUCAUUUGGCCGGACAUCCUUUGUGAAUGGCCCCUAAGUCAGAUAGCUUCAUGAAAGCAUGAUGUUUAACAGCAAUUGGCAGUUUGCAGUAAGUAACAAUCGUUUGACAUUUGUCUCAUUUCAAUUGUUUUCUUGUCAUUUUGCCGGAGUUGGGGAAAUGUAACUCCGGCUCCAGCACGGACGUCAAAAAACCGCCGGAGCUCCGGCAGAACUCCGGUGCACAGCACUACAUCAAACAUGUGCGGUGUAACAUUGUAGUUCUAAACCCCAAAUAUGAAAUAUUAAUGAAGGGUUACCUGAAAACAUUCAUCUUGAAUAUUUUCUUCAACUGCAGGCAGAUUCUCUUCAACUGCAGGCAGAAUUUCUUCAACUGCAGGCAGAUUCUCUUCUCUCAAAGCUCUUUCACCGAAUCUCUACAAAACAAAUUAUUAAGAUUAUUUUAAUUUUAUUAGCUUCACCAAAAAAAGAGCAAAUUGGCAGGUGACGAUCAUUUUUAACCCUAUGUGUAUAUUUUUGACUUAGUAACUCUGUAUAUUGGUAUUUAUAGUCUUAGUAUUAAUAGACAGUAUACUACUUAGGGCCUAGAUGAAAAUUACUUCGUGUAACUCUAGUCACCCUGUUUAAAUAAAGUGUUUUAUUAUUAUUAUUAUUAUUAUUAUUAUUAUAUUUAUUAUUAUUAUUAUUAUUAUUAUGCAUAAAGUAUAUUGUUUUGGGAAAAAAGUUAAAAUCCCUGCCCUUUGUAUGACAACAUCAAAGGGGGGAAGUAAAUAUAAAAAGGAAGACAAGGGGAGAUAUUAGAACUUUUAGAGUAACAUUAACAUUAACAGAGUGACAACAUAAAUAUUUUAGUAUGCAGUACAAUGCUACCAUACAAUUCACUAUGCAAUAUAAUGAAAUAAAAAAAGUCCAACUGAAGAGAAUAUCAAAUAUGAACUGGUAGAAGGAUGGCAAGCCCCCAUCUUGGGCAUAAAUAGUAAUAAGUCGGGCAAUCUGUACUGAAGAUUCAAGACUAAAUUUGCAUGUUUAGUUCAACUCCAUCAUCAGAUUGGUUUUCUUUCAUAAAUAUUGUGAACAUUUAUCCUUAGUUUUUAACCAUUUUUAAUCUCACUCCUAGAGUCUAGAUUUCAAAAUUUCUUGGGCUGUUGGGGAUCAUGCCUCUGGAUCCCUGAAAGGUUUCUCACACCUCUGCUCAUUACCAAAUAAUCUUCUGCCCCCAAUUCUUUUGCCUGUCCAUGCAAGUGCCCAGGCAGCAGGAUUUCACAAUUUUUAUUUUGUUAUAAUAUGCAAUAAUAAACUUGCAAUUAUAUCUAUAUAUACAUAUUGUCUUGUGGAGGCAUACUAAUUUUCCCACCAUAACAGGGGGAUGCCAAUUUGCUAAAAGUUUGGGAUGACGAUGCCCAAAACAUCCUAAUAUAUAAUAACACAACACAGAUUCCGACUAGACAGAUCAACCCGGUUAAUCAGGCUGUCAUAAGAACGGACCCUUUAUAUUAUCCACAAGUAAAUCGUUGACCCACAGCCAUUUUAAGUGCCCCCCCCCCCUGUGCACUUUAUGGCCAACCAAGAAAAAAGUAAGGCCAAUGAAAAUUGAUACCAUGUUUCUCGUCCACAAUUUUAAAAAAUUUGGAGCGGGAUUUUUUUCAUUUUUCAUUGUCAAUAAUUUCCUUGACCCAGUAAAAACCCCCCAUAAAAAUCUGAAGUAAAUUGGUGUAUAAUUCAUUUUAAUUUAAUACGUCCUACACUACACUGACUACAGUAUAUUUCUAUACAUACCAGGGCAGACAUGAAAAAUAGAGGCAUACUGGCGAGUAAUAUCUUUAGAAAGAUACAAUGAGUUGCGCUUGCGGAAUGCAGCAAUGAGACUUUGAUCUGGAGAUCAAUUUGGUGUUUUGUUAAGCCUAUUUUUCAAAAAUAAUGAAUAAUGAAAAAUUUUCGUGCGGCAGAUAAUUCCCAUGCGGGCAGGGACGAGAAACAUGAUAUCAAUUUUCAUUGGCCUAACUAUAGUUUAAUACAGAUUAUAAAUAUCUGAAUAAUAUCUGUUUCGUGAGCCAAUAAUAAACAUAAAUAUGUUCGCAUACCGUAUUACACUCAUUGCCACUAUCAUCUGUAGUAUUGACGACAGAUGAUAGUGAUAGUUGCUUCUAUCUCCUCAUGUUGACGUUUUCUCCUAUAGAACGUACGUUUCGGAACACACACAGCAGGAUCAUACUCGUAGCGUUUAUAAGGUCCUCGACGUGACAUCUGUGGCUUAAAACGUAUACUGUUAAAAACGUUCUGCGCUCUUAGUCAAGGGCCAUAUUAUUUCUUAUCAUAAAAAGAAUUUUACAUGAUAAAAAUUAUAGAAAGUCGUCUACAAUUGCAAUCUACAUCUACACGUUGCGGUGUCUAUGUAAAUGACUAAAUGUUGCAUCAUCUGUGUGGCUAUCACGUGGUCACAUGGACUUAUCUUCGGACAGAGCAGAGGCUUGGGUUCAAUAGAACCAAAACCGCUGUCCAAAAGUCCAACACAUUCUGUAUUUACAUAUCAGAAUGCGGGCUCAUGGUGAUCUGUUGGUUUCAAAAUUCAAAUAUUAAUUAUCCACUGGUUAUAUCACCUCGAUAGUGUUUAUAGCGAUUUUUUCUCCUUCAAAAUGAAGUAUGCAUUGUUUGAAUUUGUUGAUGAAAAGUCUUGUGAGAUUGGCGAAACAUGCUGGAUUCGUCGUGAAGAUGCAAGUACAUUCGAAAAUGUUGGCUGGAACAGAGAAAAAGAAGUUAUGGUGGCAUGGCCACAUGAAUUUGCGAAAGUGUCAAAGAAAAUCGUUAAGGGUUCCAUUGAUCCAAUGUCAGUUCCAACUACGACCUGUGUGGCGAAAGUGAUAAUAUUCAGUGGUAAGUGUUUGCUGGCUUUUCUUAUAUUAAUAAGUGAGUUUAAUCUCGUCGAUUAGGAAAAUGAAAUACCGAAGUCUAGAACUAGAAGAAACAUGGCCGUGGCCGUGUUUCCAAGUUGCAUAUAUGGCAGAGCAUAUAUGGCAUUGUAAAUUGUUUAACCAAUAUAUCAAAACCUACAUUAACAUAUAUGCAUUGCGUCUAUACGACUAUUUUGUAUGUCUAAAAGCUGAUGUUUAGAAACAUUUUGCUGGAGCCACAAAUAAAUUUCCACCUCAAACAGUUUUAUAUAGUAAUAUGAUACAUUUGAUGCAGCCAUAUUGUCAACAGCAUUUGCCAGAUAAAAUUGUCACCUUUAAUACCAUCAUAAAAACACAAGAGGCUAAAGUUAAGUCGUUUAAAUCUUGAAAGCUGAUGUUUAGAAACAUUUUGCUGGAGCCACAAACAAAUUUCCACUUCAAACAGUUUUAUAUAGUAAUAUGAUACAUUUGAUGCAGCCAUAUUGUCAACAGCACAUUUGCCAGAUAAUUGCCACCUUUAAUACCAUCAUAAAAACGAGGCUACUGUAUAAUCACAUUAUUAAUCAUAACUAUGUGGCCUGGUAACAUUACAUGAAACAUUUUAUAUCGAGAAACUUUGAGUAGAUGAAGCUGUCCGUGGCAUGAUAAGGGAAAGUCACAUAUCUGUUGUGACCAUGCAUGUUCACAGCUCUGCUUUUUUCUUCCUUAAACACUUUUUUUUAAAGAGAUAAUAUACUGUAUUGCAUAGAACAUUUUCUUUUUGCAGUUAGGACAAUUAAUGUCUGCCUUUUGCAGGGUUUAGGCUAAUAAUAGCUUAUUAGCUAAUAUUGAUUAGCUAAUAAUAACAAUCUAAUGAAACUACGCUUGUUUAUUAACAGAUGACUAUGAAAAUAUUCGGGCAUACACGAAAAGGUAUUGUGCAACUGGUUCAACUGACUCCCCUGUGCAUGGGAGAGGACAACGCACUACCAAAAAAAAUGGUAGAUAUAUUGAGUCAGACCAAGAAUUGGAAGAGACAGCCGGAAGUAACACAAGAAAAGGUAUUUGUAUUGUUGCUACUAGUGUCUUAUUUUAUUUAAUAACCUGUUUUCGUGUUUGUCAUUCCGAAACAAAUCCACAAAAAUUCAACAACAUAACAAGUCAAUAUUUCCUUAUGCUGUAGAAGGGCAACACAUGGAAAAACCCUUAUGUGUCCCAGCUAGCACAUAACGUUAUUACAACGUUGGUAAAAGGUUGUUGCAAAGUUAGAUCUAACUUAACUUUCACACAACGUUCACACAUUACUUUUCUAUCCGGAAUAAGAGCACGUGGUGUAAACGUUGGUUUAACGUUGAAAUUUAACGUUCCAGGAUGUCAUGCGACACCUUCUUAGCAAUGUUAGAUUUCAACGUUGUAGCAACGUUAAUGUGUAACGUUUGGACGUGACAUCAAAACAACGUCGUAGACAACGUCGUCCUGACGUUAAGAUUUGAUAUUUUCGCAACGUUCCAGGAUGUCAUACGAUAUCUUCAUGGCAAUGUUAGAUUUUAACGUUGUAGCAACGUUAAUGUGUAACGUUUGGAUAUGACAUCAAAACAAUGUCGUAAACAACGUCGUCUUGACGUUAAGAUUUGAUAUUUUCGCAACGUUCUAAAAAAAUUAAAAAUAUGUCUUCUAUUAUUGAACCUGACAGUUAAAUUAUAGGUAUAAAACCGCAUCAGGCCAUAUGACUUCGUAUGCCUAUUCAGCUGCAGGAAUCGCGAGGAAUGUCGCCUUGGUUAGUUCUUACUGGAAAUUUUGUCCUGAAAACGUUUUAUCCAACUGAUUUUAAGCCAGACAGUAGGCCUUUGUAUUUGGCAGCUUAUCAACAACUCACCAAAUAUGGUAAUUCUGACCAUAUAUACGUAAAGUGUUUGCGCCGCGGGCAAAUUGAAAAGAUUGCACCAUUGCUCUUGGCUUGCGACGCAACUGAAAUGUAUGCUGACUCUGUAAUCCAAUCGAAGCUGCUGUAUAUUUCAGAAGAACUCGCUCGUUCCUUUUGUUUUCGAUGUAAGUAUAUAUAUUGUAUCUGUAACAUUUGAAACUUCCAUGUGUCUAUCUCAUGUACGGAAAAAAGGCGAACAAAAUAUAUUUAUUUUGAUAUGUGUCUGCAUGUUUGUUUGACGCCAUAUUAAUUUACAUUUUACAGCGCCUCUCUUGAAUCGAAGAUAUAUAUUCAGAAGUACUCGUUCAUUUGUCAAUGAAAUCCAAGAAUGACUAAUUAGUAUACUGUAUUAAAUAUUGAGCUGUCUGUGCCAGUGUAGGUGGGGAUGCAACUAUCUCAAACUACAUAUAACGAGAACAAGAAGAAUUAUGGCGUUUCGAGCGAAGGCCCUUCGUAGCAACGUAUUUACUCUGGACGGCCGGUCUUCACUCGAAACAUCGAACUUUUCCUUAUAUUGUUCAGGUAAUUCUGUAAUUUAAACUACAGACUGUGAUUCAAGCACAGUAUUUAGUGGCAUAGCCAGUCCGACAAUUUGGUCCCGCUAUAUGCAAAUUCAAAAUUAUUAUCAUUAUUCAUUUCUUUAGAAAUUGAUUGUUUUCACAGUCAAUGAACACGAGAAUAUUUGCAUAGCGGGACUAAAUCGUCGGGUUGGCGACGCUACUGACAGUAUUACGUACGUCAAUUACUAAAAUGCGGCCUAGAAAAAGUUCCGUCAUAUAAGAUUGUUCAGGUAGUUGCAUCCCUACCAACGAAAGCUUGUUCAUAUACUAUACUGAAUUAAAUAAUAUUGUCAAUAUUCAUCCAAACUAUAAAUUGGAUAAGUAUUAUUAGCCUAUAUUAUUUGUAAAUGAAGCUCUUUCCUUAAAUAAAAUGAUUAAAUCAAAGACUUUAGUUAAUCGUUCUAACGUUGAUCCUAACGUUGUCACCACGUUCCUGCGAGUUCACAAAAUAACGUUACUACAACUUAUAAUACCAACGUUAGCUCCACGUUCGGCGAACGUUCGUACAACGUUGGCACAACGUAAUUGUGCUAGCUGGGGUGUCAUUUGUUGCAAAUAAUGAGUAUGUGAGAUAUUAAUGAUUCAAAGUUCAACAAGUAUUAAGGGUGCACCAAAUAAAAUAUCACAUAAUUUCAUUUCCUUGUCUACCAAUACUAUACUGUAUAUAGUAUGAACAUUUUUACCUUUUUUUUCUGACAUCAGGAAAAUGCAAAACAUGAUGGAAGUGAUAAUGUUAAUGGAAGUGAUUUACAUGCCUUCAAAAUAUCUGGCACUAGUUAGUACUGUAUACAAGAUAGUGAAAAUAUCUAUCUGUUUACCCAUCCCAGAUGUUUAUUAGUGGUGUUCAGGGCCGGAUUAACCGUCCGCGGGGCCCGUGGCAUAUCAUCAGCGCGGGAUUGUACAUCAGUAAUUUGAUAGAACUGAAAUUCAACCCAGUUUAUACCAAUUAAUAUUAUUAUUAUUUACAGGGGAAAAAGAUAAACAUCGGAUACCAUCCAUAUAUAACCGGCCGCAUUACACAAAAUUUGAACAGCAAUCUUUUAGUAUUUAACAGUUUGCUUCAAGUUUGCAAGAGAGUAAGCGCAAGGCCCCCAAAAGCGUGGGGCCCGCAGCAUAUGCCGCUUCUGCCAUAUGGUUAAUCCAGCACUGGUAGUGUUCAAAGAGUUAAAACUAUAAGCAUUUUUAAUAUUGCCCUGAACCUACUCCAAAUUAAACAAAUUAAAACAUUUUUACUGGAAAUUUACAACAAAUGUUGUAAUGUCAGAUGGUUGGAAAUAAGUAUUUGAAUUCAUACAUAUGGUGCGCAUGUGCUAAUAAUCUAAGGUCCAUCCAGCUAUCUAGAGCAACAAUGUCUAUACAAUGCUUACAUACUGAUAUACUACCCACCACGUCAGUAUAUAUAUAUUAACUUUAUAGUUACUGUCAUCAUAGAACCAUAUGAAAUUUCUACUUCAAUUUUGUGUGUUUGCCCAACAAGAAAUCAAACAACAAUAUUAUGUUAAUUGCCUUCAUGGAUAGCAAAUUGGAAUGUCAGUUUACUAAUAAAUUAAUGUUUUAGGCUCGAAAACGACAAAAGAAGAAUUUGCCUAGAUCCUCAGAUAGCCCAUCAAGAACUACCGAGCUGGAGGCUCUGAAGGCUAAAUAUAAUUUAACCAAACAAAAGGUAUGUUUUUAGAAGUUGUGCUGUUGAUCUUAUUAUCUGUGUAGCCGACAAUUUUAUAUUUUGCAACCAGUCCAAACUUUAUAUAUCCGCUUGUAUUGAUGGUUGCAAAAUAUAAAAUAUAGGAAACAGUGGAAAUCAGUGGAAAUCAGUGUUGCCACAACAAAUGAUAAUAAAGCCAAAUGCCUUCAUUGUGGGCCUUCACUCAAGUACUUAUUCUUUAUAUUAAUUCUAUGUCAUAAUUCAUAGAUAUAAUUUAAAAAAUACAAUGCAUAUAUCUUUUCAGGAUAAAAAGACAAGUUUUUCAGAUGAAAGUGAAGAUGGAGAUGUAAGUGUGGAUAAUUGUCAACACUAUUCUAAUUUAAUGGGAUACUUGUAACUUGGAGUCUGGUAUUCACUAAGAGAAUCUACUAUCCAGUAUCCACCAAGAGAAUCUACUAUCCUAUGUUUGGAUAAUUAACAUCCUAGCAAGUGGUAACCAAACCCCAGAGCGUGGGAAAACUCUAAUGUAUGCCACACUAGACUGGAGUGUCGAAACGUUGGGUCUUGAUUACAGUUCGACUGGGCUUUGUAAUAUUUUUUAAACCAGAGUAGCGAGUGUAACAUGACAAACACUGAAAAUUUUCACAAUUGCCAGAAAACAGGGUUUUCAUGUCAAACACAGACAUUGUGAAUAAUUAGACAAAUAUGACAAAAUUGUAAACAUAGGAAAUUUCUGUGGAAAUUGAGGAAUCAGUUUUUGUUUACAUGUAAUAUAUCCCAAUUGACAUUUGUGAUGUGCAGUAUCCAGAUUUAAAAUCUGAUAUCCUGUGGAUAUGGGACACUGCAAAUUUCAAGCCCUAGCUGUUUUACAUAUAGUGCCUAAUUAUUUUUAUGAUGUAAUGACUUCUUUUUUCAUGUUUUAUCAAAGGAAUCUAAUGUUUCUGAAGAUGAAGGAGUUCAAGAGUUGAAGGCAAAAAACCAUGACCUUCAGCGACAACUAACAGAGAAGGAAAAGGAAAUUAGGCAAUUACAUCUUGUAAUAAAUAAUCUGAAAGGUACUACAGUAAUACUAUGUAGUAAAUCUUUGUUGUAUUCACUUAGUUCACUUUAAGGGUAUUCACUUAGUUCAUGUUGUUUUAUGACUUCCUCUGCCUUUUGUCUACCUUAUAUAACUAUUAGCAUAUGUCAUGCCAAUUUUUAUUGUCUUGACAAUACACCUGUACUUAUUUUGAAAAUUUGCAGACAUUUUAGAAAUGCCAUCUCUACCAGAUCUUGUGGUAAAGUUACAAAAGUAAGUGGACAGACUGUCAAAUAGCAGUGGCCUUCAGAAAAAUUCUAUUCCAGCCCAAGAAAGUCGCCCUUCAUCAAGGCAAUCUUCGCAAGGAUCAUCCUCAAACUGCACAACAGAUUCUGAUGUAGAAUCGGAGCAGCUGGUGAGUAUCUCUAAAGUCAAUGUAUGAUACUGCCAGUAGCGUAGCCAGCCCAACGAUUCAGUCCCGCCUUGCAAAUAUUUUUGUGUUCAUUGACUGUGAAAACAAUCAAUUUCUAAAGAAAUGAAUAAUGAUAAUAAUUUUGAAUUUGCAUAUUGUCUGGCUGGCUAUGCCACUGGAUACUGCUAUAUCAAAGGAGAUUUUAGUCCUGUGUGUCAUUUUCCAUUCCUCAAACAAUUUAGAAUUUUAUCAAUUAAAUAAUGGAAAUUGAGUAACGUAGUAAAACUUAAUACUCUGAUUGACUGCUGUAUAUGACUAUAUAAAAGUGUGCAUUAUAAAAUGUGCAGUACAAUUGACAACUGACUGAUAAUUACUGUAGGUAUACAGGGUGUAUAAAAAAUACAAGACCUUUAGAAAUCUGAGCCUUUAGAAAAACCAUAGGAAAAACACACAAUCUUUUACACUUGGGAAUUAAGAGGCUGUCUCCGUAAAAACCUCCAGGUCAGUAUGGGGCUCAAAAAUAGAUUUCUUUCAUACUCUAGUAUUUUGAAGAUCUAUCCUUGGGAACAACUAAAAUCGAUGUCAUUUUACUCAAAUUUCCUUUAAAUUAUUUUUGGGGGCGAUUGAUGUUCGAUCGACUGGUAACCAACUUGAUACUCCGAAUGAAGGCCAAUAUCGACAUAUUUUUAGCGCUAUUUUUUAAAUCAAAUUCAUACCUAAAUUUCAAAAUUUUUGCUCAGAAAUAUAGACUUAUCCUUCUAUUUUCGCGGGUGAUAUGACUUAGUUCAUUAUUCUUUGGUAUAAAAUAGAAAACAGCGCAGUUAUUGACCCUCCUGAACGGAUAAAGGAUAUCGUCUCAAAAUAUGUCAAAUUCGAAAGCUUAUUUCAAAAUCGUGGCACUUGAUUGGCACAUGACUUUAACUUUUCUAUAAACUACUAACAUUAGUCAACACAAAUCGCCAAUAAUAUCUUUCUGUUCUACCAUUUGACAAAAAUGACAAGCGCGCAAACUUUGUAAAAUUUGAAAAUGUGUCGAAAUCGAGCAUACUUUAUCGGUAAACAGAAUUCUUGAUAUUAACAAAUAAAAGCACCUUACACUACACUGAAUGAAGCUUGAUUAUGUAAAUAUAUGUCUUUCAUCAUUAUUCUUUGGUUUUGCACUCGAAUGAAAUUGUUUGACUGUACAGUUUGGCUUCAAGGAUAGUCAUUCAAUGCCAGUGUGUCCAGUGUGUUCGAAUUCUGCCCGCCUCAAUGCCAUGAGUCCUGAUUGUGACAUACGAACUUCGCUCUAUUCGCUUUGUUUACCUCCUGUAAAUAAAAUGUCUCAAAGAAAUUAGAAAAUUCAGAAUUAGUCAUACUACAGACAUAAUUUUCAUUGGUUUGUUUACCUUAAACUGUUAUAUAAAGUUUCGUUUUAUAUUUAUAUAGAAUGUACGAAUUAAUCUCGGGGAAAACUCCUAACCGAAAGAAAUGUACUCGCUGAGCGUAAACAUGUCAAUCAAAUGACGAUGAAAUGUUUCGUUGCUCUCUGAUUUCCCUUUCUUUGUAUUGAAUUAAAUAGUAGUCUUAGACAGUAUUGCACGAGGUUUCUGUGUUUACAAUAAUGCUGUUCUACUUCUACUACAGCCGCAACUUGUGAUCACGCAACGUUAGGUAAACCUAAACGAUUUCGACAGACAGUAGAUUUUAUGUUGACAGAUGAGAAUGACGGUAAGCAAUAAUGUAGAAAUGUUCCUUUUCUACUUCUGAGUGUGGAAACUUCCGAGACACAGUAGACUGUUCUUCGAAGUUGCUGGCGUGUAAGAAUGACAUUAGUUAUCACUUGCAAAUUUGUCACCCUUUAAAGCUUGUCGGAAAGAAGAAUAUAAAUUAAUUCUAAUUUUCAGAACCUUUCUAAUUGUUAAGCCUGGUUCACAUAAAAUCGUUAAGCAGUUGCAGACAGUCGCAGACUGUCGCAGACAUGUGCCAAAUUUUUAUAUGAACGAUCUGCGACGGAUCGGGAAAGUUGAACCAAGUUCAACUUUCCCGAUCCGGUCUCAGACAGUCUGCGCGAAUCUGCAUUUGUGUUCAUAUAAAAAUUCGGCACAUGUCUGCAACUGCUUAACGAUUUUAUGUGAACCAGGCUUUACUGAAAAAAGGAAUAACAUUGAUUAAAUAACUGAGACGUUCAAAUGGGUUACAGCUGUUUGCGCUGAAUUGUUUUGUAUUAUCAAAAUAUUCGCAUAUUUUUAUACAAUAAGAAAUAAUAUAAAUUCUUGAAGCAUAGCCUUGAGCAAAGUGACCCAGGGUCGGCCUGAAAAAGUUGAUUUUUUAUACAGAACC